AUGGCAGUUCCUAACGACGGUGAGAUUCAAAACAGCUUCACUCUGUCAGCAUCGCAGUCAAGCAACAACAAAUUUAUAUCCGUCCCUCUCAGUCCACCAGUGCUCUAUCCCCUCACCUCCGCGAGUUGCGCGAUGGGGACCCCCGUCCUGUACCUGCGCCCCCACCUGCUCGCGCGUGCUGUCGUCAUCACCUCAUCCGUUACCAUCCUCACAGCCCUCUUCCUGACGCACUUCAUCCCCGGCCGCUUCCACAUUCACCCGUACCCGUACCUUAGCGACGCGGGCCUGCGCGACCCCGAGCGCAUCGUCCUCUCCUUUGGCCUCGCCCUCUCCGCCGCGCUUUUCGUCCCCGUCGCCGCCGCUCUCUACCUCCUCCACCACGCCUAUCUCGACGGCGCCAGGCACGUCCGCUCCGCCCCGGCGCUCACGCUCUCAGUCACGAGGGGUAAGAGCCGGAGAUGGCUAUGCCUCCCGCUGCCGCGCGUUGUCAGUUGCGACGUGCUCCUGAGAGUCGGCUUGUAUGCAGGCAUUCUGCUUGCCUUCUUCUUGGCGUUUUUCACAGCGAUUCCAGGCUGGUUUUUCUUUCAUCACAUCUUCGCUCUCGGUUUUGCGCUGAGCUCCGCAGCCUGGUGCCUCUCGCAUGCAUUGUUUUCGUAUGCAAAGAUUUCGGCUGACAGCGAGCAGCGACGAAAAAUGUCCCGCGUCAGGGUGAUGUUUGUGCUCAUUGGCAUACAGGCUAUGGUGGUAGGGAUGUUUGGUGUCAUUUGGGGGUCGGUUAAGGCCCAGAUCCCCUACAAGAUGAUCCCAAAUAAGGACCCUCGCUUUGUCAUGCUGGCUAUUCUUGAGUACCUCGGCACAUCGGCGUUUUUGAUUUUUAUUUGGAUGGUUUCCAAUGAGUUGCUCACACAACGUAUCACGCUGUCCUUGACGGGAAGCGAUGAUAACUUCGCGUCUUUUUCGCCAUGCAAAAGCAGUGUGUAA